GAUACAUGUGCAUGUGAGAUUAUCGAAUACCAAAUCCCUUAGACGCCCGUCUCCUCGCUGGUUGCAUGCGGACGUGCCCACUGCCCAUAGCCCUUCAAGUCUCUCUGCCACUAUGCACCACCUAUCAGCUGCUCUGCGCGACCUACUCUCCAGCGCAUUCCCUUGUCUCUCCCCCUCACAUAGAGCCAUGUCCUCCCCCAACGAUGUCCUCUACUUUCCCAAGGAAGAAUUCAUCUACAACGUGACUGGAUGGGCGGGGUUCGUCCUCUUCACCCCCACCCCCUCAGAGGACCGUCCGCGCAUCGCCAGCAUAGAACACUGCAAGCGGAAGCGCGGCGUCUUUCACGAGUUUCUCAUCAUCCAUUUCGAGUACCCCGUUCUAGGUGCUCCCCCACGCACCGUGCCCAUCAUUGUCGAGCGCACGAUCGAGACCAGCCGGCUCCCCAAAGACAAGAUCCGCCCCGGCGCCGACCUCUCCCACGAGAACGGCAGCCGCUUUUCCGCCUUGUUCCAAUCAUCGUCCUCCUCCCGCCUCAGCUUGUCCCCCAGCUCCGUGGCCUCGUCCUCGUCCUCUUCCCUUGCGACGCCCGCCUUCGACCGCAUCAUCAUCCCCCCGAAUGGCGCACCCGUCGGCAAAAUCGACCGCCACGCCCGCCGCCCGUAUAAGAUCUGCCGCAAGCUCACGUUUAAUAAGCGCUUUACCGACUACGACCUCGCUGCGUUGCUGCUUGCGCUCCAGAAAUACGCUCCCGACUACGCGCUCCUCUCGCGUCAGUGCUACUGGUACGCGAUCGUGAUCUACGAUUUCUUCCGCGAGCGCCUCAUCGGCCUUGGCAACGAGGACGGCAAGGAGGUCGAGUACAAUGUCGGCAAGCUCAAGGAUGAGCGUGGGCGCUUCCUCACUAUCUUCACCAUCCAGCCCCCUGAGCCGCCGCUGGGCAAGAUCAAGUCUGAGUUCGAGAAGCAACUUGCCGCGCUGUUGGACGAGAGGGCCCGGGAGGAUCACCCCGCCGCCAAGUGGGUGAGGUCGCAGGAGGAGACGCGAGCGGCCAUUGCAAAGGCGGAGGAGGAGGCAGCGGCGAGGGAGAGGGCGGAAGCCGCCGCAAAGGAAGAGGCAGCAGCGAGGGUGGAGGCCGAAGCGGCGGCGAAGGCAGCCGACGCCAGGGCGGAGGCGGCAGAGGCAGCGAAGGCUCUGCUGGACGAUGAGGUUGCCCUCCUCCGGCAGCAGCUCACGGCCCUGAACCGUGCUGGCCCGUCCCCGGCCGCGUAAUAUCAUACCAAGUAUAUCAUCUAUCUUCCACUGAUCGUCAAGUCUGCUCUCAUAUAUGCUCUGAUCGUUGUUGUCCAUGUACAUCCCAGCACUCUCACAUUCGGCUAUCUAUACCACUUGCAUUGUCCAUUCAUGCUUGAGUUCGCUAUGUGUUCCCUGAGGCCAAGACUUUCUUGGUUGAGUCCUUGCGUGUAUGGCAGCUCCAGCAGGCUCUCUGCUGUGCUGAAGCGGAAUCGUCUUACAUUAGAGGACCCUUGGCUAAAUGUAUGACUAGGGACGCGCAAAUGUUGAAUCUUCUAGGUAUCAGCGGUCCCUCGUGCAAUCCACAAAAAAUCG